AUGGAAGUACAACCAGAAUCUGCUAAAAGUGCAACUGGAAACUCACCAUUGUACGCAAAAUUUACAUGUGAUGUGCAGUUAAAAGACACAAUUAGAACACUUACGUGCUUCGUUACAACGAUCGAUUUGAACGUAUUCGGAUUAGACUGGUUAACUGCUUUUCAACUUAGCGAUAUGACGCUUAAUGCUAUUUGCAGCCAAAUUUCAACAACAAAACAGGCAAGUAAUGUUUCAAUAAAGUCGUCAAAUUGCAAAUUUCUUCCGGAAAAAUUAUUUCCAGAACUUUUCGAGAAUGCUAUGGGUCUUUGUAAUAAAACUAAGGCACAUUUAAGUAUCAAACCAAACUCUCAACCUGUUUUUCGACCUAAGCGCCCGGUAGCAUACGCAGUUCAACAUUUGGUUGAAGAAGAAAUUAAGCGACUUCAAGAUCUCGACAUUAUCGCACCCAUCAAUUACUCUGACUGGGCCGCACGAAUCGUAGUUAUCAAAAAGCCAAAUGGUAGCAUUCGUAUUUGCGCUGAUUUCUCAACUGGUCUUAACGACGCGCUUGAAUCCUACAAGUAUCCACUACCGCUUCCAGAGGAUAUUUUUGCAAAAAUUAGCAAUGCAACAGUAUUUAGUCAUAUAGACCUUUCGGACGCUUUUCUCCAAAUCGAAGUUGAUAGCAAAUCGCAAGAACUUCUCACAAUAAACACGCAUCUAGGUUUAUUCAAAUACAAGCGUAUGGUUUUUGGCGUUAAAACUUUUCCGGCAAUUUUCCAACAAAUUAUGGAUAAAAUGCUUGCGGGCUUAGAUUGCGCAGCUGCUUACAUUGACGAUAUCUUUGUCUCAGGUAGAAACCAACAAGAGCAUGACAACAACUUACAUGAAGUUCUACAACGUAUUUAUCAAUACUCAAGAUCGCAAAAUGCAAUUUUUCAGUUCCUGAAAUUGCUUACUUGGGAUAUAUUGUCAGUAAAGACGGCAUUCGCCCAGAUCCAUGAAACAUUGAAGCAAUCAAGACAAUGCCUGCGCCAACCAAUCAAUCCGAACUUAGAUCAUUCUUAG